AUGGCGACCUUCGACAGCCCGCAGUACGAGCGUGACCUGCGCUCUGCCCACAAGGAGUGGAAGCGCACCAAAGACUCCAACGCAAAGUGGUCCCACGGCUACCGGCACCUCCCAGGGAUACGCGUCAACGUCAACGGGGAAGUCAUCAACGGCUCGGAGAGCCAGCUAGCCAAGACAAGGCCUGGCAAACAAAUCCCCUCGCACCCGUUCAAGCACUACCCAAACCGCACAAAGCUCCGCCCAAGCUGGGAGCUGCCGGACGGGCGGGUGCGGAGCAAGCUGCACGCGGCCGGCGAGAUCCGGGAUUUCUCAUCCUCGACCUCUCCGUCGUCCUCGUUGCAGCUCCUUCCAUCUCCCCACCCCUCCUCGCCCAAACUUGUCCUCACCCGCCGGCUCAGCACGAGCAUCACGUCGGCCGACGUUGGCGGCAGCGGUAGCGUUGGCCGGGAUGGUGGCAAGCCGCUCACGCUCGAGGUGUUUGUCAAGACGACGGGGCGGGAGACGGAGAAGCUGGUCGAGCGCGAGUACGAGGUGCUUGAUGGGAACGGGGAGGCGCUGAAGGGGAGGCGGGCGAGGAGGGUUCUCAGGAGGGGUGGUACGGAUGCCGCGGCUGGUGCGGGCACUGGUGCGGGUGGGGUGGUCGAAGGGGAAGGGGAGGAUGAGGGGUUUGAGCUGAUUUGA